AUGGGUGAAAAUUUCAGAGAUAAGGUUUCAGUAUUCUCAGGGAUGUUCUCCUUGAUUUCAAAUUUUAUAGAAGGAGAACCAAGCCGAAAAUUACCUAAAAUUCAAUUUUUGCACGAUGAUAGUAAUUCUAAAGAAAUCAAGGAAGAGAAAAAAGUUAAAAAUAAUCCCAAAAGCAAAACGAAAAAGCAGCAUAGAAGGAAGAACACUGCUUGCCCUCACGCAAAUAAACGGCAUUACGCCAGAAACAUGUGUAGCAAUUGUUACCAUAAAUUUGGGAGACAAAAAGAAGCUUGGAUGUGCCCGCAUAAAGACCUCAAAUUCUAUGCCAAAGGAUUGUGCAAAGCUUGCUACUUAAAAAAUUAUCAUCAGAUGAGAACUUCAAAAGUGCCUAAAGAAGAAAAUUAA